AUGGAGCAUGAUGGCAACUGCAAGGAGCCACUGGCAACCUGGUCAUCAUCUUCCGAUGAGAGCGGUUGCCUCUUAGGAGGCGGUAGCAAACACUGCCUCGACGAAGGCAAUGAAAGAAGAGGUAAUCCUAAUUCGCUUGCACACAGGGAUGGUCAGUCACCGCAAAGCCGUGUACCUGCUGCUGCCUGCUAUGUCUUGACAGGUCUUGUGAUAAUGACACUCCUGGCCCUCAACGUCGUCUUAAAUCUGCCUACAAAGGGCAACCUCCGAGGAGGACGCAGCCCCUCUGAAGGGGAACAUCCUGUCAGUCCUCGAAAGUUUCUCGAGUCCGGACUUGUCUUGAAGGACGACGAGGUGAGCACUGCUGCAGUGAAGAAGGACAUCGUGGUUGGUGUCGGUGAGGGUGACAAGCCUACCGUCGUCACCGAUAGCUGUUUUUGGCACUCCUGCGGCAUGAAUACCGUCUGCAGACUAUCUGCGGAUGAUGUCUCAGUCGACGGUGACAAGACCGUCAACGCCACGAAUGCGAGCAACCUGGAGGAAUGUAAGCAGAAAUGCGAACAACUUGGCGAGGACAACUGCACCGGUGUCGAAUACAACCACAAGUCACACAGGUGCGAGCUUUGGACUCGUCCCAUUCUGUCACAUCGCAGCUGCUUGACUGGCCACGACUGCCCGGAGGCAAACUUUUCCUGCCACACAAUGCAGUGCAAGGCUAUCGACCACCCAGUGCGCCUGCAAACCUCCGAGCGCAGCUUCCACGAUAGUUUUGGAAGGAGCAUCUCGAUCUCAGGUGACACUGUGGUAGUCGGCGCUCCAGGCGAUAAUGAUCGUGGCGACGACAGCGGGGCUGCUUACGUAUUUGUCCGCAAAGCGAACACGUUUGCGGAGCAGGCCAAACUUACCGCCGACGAUGGCUUUCGGAACUCCUUCUUCGGCAAUAGUGUUAGCAUUGCAGGUACUAGGAUUUUGGUGGGGGCAUACCGCGAUGGUUUGAAUGGGAAGAAGGACAGCGGCUCAGCGUACGUGUUUCGUCGAGAUUUGGAUGUGUGGGAGCAGGAAUCGAAGCUGUCUCCGGAGGAUGCUGUGGAGAAUGAACGGUUUGGUUCGAGGGUCAGCCUUUUCGGAGACCUGGCUGUAAUCAUGUCGGCCGGGAGUGCCGCCAAGAAUGUGUCGGCGGCCAUCUAUCUCUUUCACGUGAAAGGGAGAAGCUGGGUCUUAAAGGCCAAACUGGCAUCUCCCAAAUCUUUGACAAACACCUCCAAAUUCGGGUCCAGCCUCAGCCAGAGCGCCGACACCAUAAUGAUUGGCGCCGAAGAGGACGACGUGAACGGCAAGGCCAGUGGGGCGGUAUAUGUGUACAGCUUCAACGGGACAAGCUGGUCUCAACCAAUCAGGCUCGUAGCGAACGACACAGCGGCGGGAGAUCACUUUGGCUGCAGCGUUAGCUUGUCGGAGUCUGGCAAGACUUGCAUCGUCGGUGCCUAUGGUCAUCGUACCAAAGGAAAGGGCAGUGGCGCGGCAUACGUCUUCAAGCGGCAAGAGGGGCGAUGGGUGCAACAGCAGCAGCUGGCCUCUGAGGACCUUGAUGCAGACGACGGCUUCGGAAAAAGCGUCAGCACUUCUGAUUCCAUAGCCGCAAUCGGAGCCUUCGGCGACGAGCACGGUGGAGUUGACCGAAGUGGUUCGGCGUACAUCUUCAUUUAUGCAGGUCGCAAGUGGGUGCAGCAGAGCAAGCUGGCGCCACAGCAGGCCAAGGCGGGUGCUGAGUUUGGCAGCGUCCGGAACCCGACUUCCAGCCGCAGCAGUGAGCACCCAAAUGGCACACAACAUCUCGUCGUCAUGCCCAUUGAUAUCAACUGGCUGCGUGCUGACAGGUCCGGUGACCCGCAGCGUGUGCGCCAAGCACAGCACAAGCGUUUCAAGCCGAAUGCAGAUACGCUCGUGGACGACGUGCUCGAGCUGGACCAGUCUUGGCGGGAGAAAACGACUUGUGCAAGGGAGCUGCAAACGCAGUUGAACAAGCUGCAGAAGGAUGUCAUCGCUGAGAAGAAGAAACUUAAGCAACCCUGCGAUUCAGAGCUCAAGCAAGCCGGCUUACUUCGAGAACAGCUAAAGGAGCUUGAGCUGCAAGCACAGCAGUGUGAGACCAAGCGAGAUGCAGCACUUGGCAAGCUUGGCAACUUUGUGGAUCUGUCCGUGCCGAUUUCGCAGAGUGAAGUUGACAACGAGGUCAUCAGCACGUGGCCGUCUGCGUCCGCAGAGGAGUAUCUCAGCCAUGACAGUGGGAGGAGGCUUCUCAGCCAUGAAGAUCUACUAUGGCGCAUUGGUGGCUAUGACCCGGAACGAGGGUGCAAGGUUGCAGGAAGCCGGGGGUAUUUUCUCGAAGAUACAGGGGUUCUGCUGAGCCAAGCCCUGGUUAGCUACGGACUGGCGUUUCUUCGUGCUCGUGGGUAUCGAGCUGUGCAGCCGCCGUAUUUCAUGAGGAAGGACCUCAUGGCUGGAGUUGCUCAGCUCGAUGACUUUGACCAGCAGCUGUACAAAGUUACAAAGGGAGAGCAAGGAGAUGCCACAGAAGAGGUGGAUAAGUAUCUGAUCGCCACAUCGGAGCAGCCGCUGUGCGCUUUCCAUGCGAAAGAGGUGCUCAAUGCAGAAGUGCUUCCUUUGCGCUAUGCCGGAGUGUCCACCUGCUUUCGGACCGAGCUCGGCAAAGCUGGCAGGGAGAAUCGAGGAAUCUUCCGUGUGCAUCAGUUCGAGAAGGUGGAGCAGUUUUGUAUCACUGCUGGUGAUCCUGAGCUGUCGGAGGAAAUGCACUCGGAGAUGCUGCGCUGCGCGGAGGAGUUCUACCAAAGUUUGGAGAUUCCACAUCGUGUGGUGAAAGUGGUGUCUGGAGAGCUGAACGAUGCCGCCACCAUGAAAUAUGACUUGGAGGGGUGGUUUGCAGGGCAGGGGCAGUACCGCGAGCUCGUCUCCUGCUCGAACUGCACCGACUUCCAGUCGAGAGCCCUUGACAUUCGAUAUCGGCCGGCAGACUCUCAGACUCAGGACAAGCAGCGUCCGCGCCACGUGCACAUGCUCAACUCGACAUUGACAGCUUCAGGCAGGUGCUUGUGUUGCAUGUUGGAAGCAUUCCAGACACCCGACGGUGUUCGAGUUCCCAGCGUGCUUGUUCCGUUUACAGGAGGCAUCGACUUUCUGCCCUUUGUACGGGCACCCCGACAGCUCGGCACUGUUGCCAAGACCGGCGUGGAGGCGCCGGUGACGGAGGGAGAGCCGAAGCCCAAAAGCCGCGGUCGGAUCCAGGAGCUUGAAGAAAAACUCCUGCACCACCCUUACGUCACAGGAUUUCAAGCUUCGAUGGCGGACUUGCAUGCAAUCAACUCCAUACAGGACGAGGACCUAUCUGCGCAGCUCGUCAGGGGCAUUGAGUUACGAGUUUCAGUGGACGCAGUGCUCCGGGGCUCGUUUGUGUUGGAAAUGCCGUUUGCGACGAUCUGUGUGAACAAUCGCACCCUUGUCGCCUUGCAAGCCUUGCAGACAAGGUAUCCGAAUGUUCGACGGUGGAUGGAGCACAUGCGUUCGUAG